AAACUAGCAUCUUGAGUGUUCCCUGUGAAGUUUGCUGUGCUACUUUCUGUGAAAUAUCUGGACAAGUCUGUCCUAAGCUUCAAAUAUUAGUGGCCACCCAGUUUGUAUUAGCUGGUGUGUGGAUCGGAAUGUAAAUUUCUACAACCUCCUGAAUGAGGGGGUUUGCAAAAUUGGGAAGUAGGUAUGGAAUUGGGAAGAAUCUUUUUCAGUUUUUGUUUAGUUUGCCAACGUAAUUUCUCUAAGAAUAGCUGAACAACCUUACAACAUUUAUAGAUGUCUUGUUUUCAGGAUAGCUUGUAUGGCUGUGUGCACUAAUGCUCACUGUUUGAAAACAAUCCAUAUUUCUAGGUAUUCUUUCACAAUUCUGUUUUUGUCUUGAAUUAGUUAUAAUCUUUCUUGAUCUUUUCCCCCACCUUUGGUAACAGAAAUCUAACAGCCAAGGAUUUAUUAAUCUAUUUUGAGAGAAUGUGAAUAUAUCUCUCUGUGGUUUUGCUUCCUUAAAAGUCAGAGUACACAGUUUCAGUAGUUAGGGUAAAAUGAAAUGCUUGUAAGUCUCUUUUUUUCCCUGAUUUUUAAGAUCAAUUUUAGCUUUCUGAUAAUUGUUACAUUGUGAAGCUGAAGGUAAUUGUGUAGCUGUAGACUGAGGAACUCCAAUUAGUGGAGACCAGCACUGAGGAACUCAGGGCAGUGCCAGCUCAAAUCCAGGCAUGUGGGGUCCAUCGCUGUCUGUCAGUUCUUUGCAAUCAAGUGUUAGGAGCUGGAUGUGUAAGGGAUGGGAUAGAUGUUCAAAGAAGUGAUCUUAGUGAAAAGUAAUUACACUUCCAGGAAUUCAAAAGGCCCCACAAAAUAUAAAGUAUUUUUUGUAAAUCUUUUUGAAAUUUACAUUAAGGUGAAACACCGGUAAUGGACAAGCAUGGCAAGAAAAGACCUAUGGUGACUACUCAUGUGGUUCCAGAUGAUAUGGGGGGUGAAGUACAGAAUAUGCUGGAAAGAUUUGGAGCUGACAUUAACAAAGCUCUCUUAGCCAAGAGGAAAAGAUUAGAAAUGUAUACAAAAGCCUCACUCAAAACCAGUAACCAGAAGAUUGAACAUGUUUGGAAGACACAGCAGGAGCAGAGGCACAAGCUCAAUCAUGAGUUCUCCCAGCAGUUCCUGACUGUGUUUCAGCAGUGGGAUGUAGAUGUGCAGAAAGCAGAGGAACAGGAAGAAAAACUAGCGAAUAUGUUUCGUCAGCAACAAAAAGUUUUUCAACAGGCAAGAAUAGUUCAAAGUCAGAGACUGAAAACUAUUAAGCAACUAUAUGAGCAAUUCUUAAAGGUACAGUAAGUUUUCAUUUUAGAAGACAGCUGAUCCUUAUCACAUCAUUAGGAAAGCUGUAGUAAUCCAUCCUUUCUGUAAUACAGAAAUUUAAUGUUUGCUUAAGGAGGGACAACAGCUUAGCAUGAGUCUUCAUGUUAGUUAGUUCUCUUUCUUUAUUUAAAAAUGAGUUGUUCUUUCCAAAUACACACACAUACGGUGCCUGUAUAUGAAUGCUUUAUAAAGUGUGUUCUUGCAGGGGUCUGAUGGGCUUUCCUGUUUCAAAUAUUUAACCCUCAGAGCAUGCUUUCUAACCCAAAACUUUAUAUAGACAGUCAAAUUAUCAGGUUUUCUGUCUCAGCUGUCCCUCAGGUUUUUUGUACGUGUUGAAAAAGUGAAAGUCAGCCAUAAGUGAAAGUCAGUCAUAAAAUUAACAUUUUAUGCUGUAAUUGACUACUUCUAAUACUGCUGGCACGUGCAUUCUCCAUGAGAAUUUGAGUCAGGUUUUUUUUGGUCAUGAACCUUUCUAGCUACUGCUGCUCCCUUAGAGCUCCUCUUCUGCAGGCUGAACAUUCCCAGUUGUCUUCCUUUCCUAACUGUCCUGUUUUGAAAUUUGCUUGUUAUGGUAUGUUUUUUCAAGUCAGGCAGCUUUGACAAAUAAAUUCGAAACAGAGGAACACUUUGAUAGUUGAAAUUUACAUUAUAGGACGUUACAGAGAUGUUCAUAAACAAUAACCAUUUUAAAAGGUCUAAACAUCUUCAGCAAAGUUUUAAAAAAAAAAAAUUGCAGUUUUUUCUUCUCAGAGAAGAUCAAAAGGUAAAAGUCAAGCCUCAAAUAUGCUUAACUUUAAGUACAAGUCAAAGAAAAUGCAGCAAUGUGCAUUCAGUUAGGCAAACUAUAUGAGCAAAAGGGAAGAUAACCAGUGAGCCUUACCUCAGUUUAUUUAGAGUGAAAUGUGCAAAGAGGAGGGAACGUAACAUUUUCUGUAGUUGUUGCUUCAGGUCUCCAAGGUUGUCACGAUAUUCAACUGUACCACCCCAUACUUCCUGACAGAUACAUCUAGACUUGUAGAAUUGUCAUCUUUAUUGAAAUGCAGGAUAGUAGCUUACACCUGGUAGAUGCUGAGUGGAAAGGACUGUUUUUGUCACAGGGUAUGUGUUGUUUAAGCAGCGGUGUAGAUUGGAGUCCUAUACAAUUUUCUUUUUCAAGUUCAUGACAAAAUUCAUCUGCAACUGUCAGUGACCACUACUGCUAUAAAAAUCGAACUGUAAUCUGAAUAAUGGAUUGUCUGUUUUUAAAUUGAACUUCUGAUAGUGAGCAUUCUGAAUUAAGAUUAUCUUUAACUUCAGAGCAUGGAAGAGCUAGAGAAAAACAAUGAAACUCUUCUAGCUGGUGCACAGAAUGAACUUCGCAAAGAAAUGGCUAUGCUACAGAAGAAGAUCAUGAUGGACACUGUAAGUAUCAGUAGUUAUAAAGAACUUUGUUAAAUACAAAAAUAGAACAUUCUAUAAGGGAGUCGUUAGACAUCAUUUAAUUAGAUUAAGGAGUCAUAUUGGUAUGGCAUCUGUUCAGAAUAAUCUCCUUUUCUUGUAACAGCAACAGCAGGAGAUGGCAACCGUUCGCAAGUCUCUUCAGUCCAUGUUAUUCUGACGGCUCAAUGGAGAAACAACUUGUACCUAAGUAACACGAUACAAGUAUAGGCGUUAGCCAUAAAGAACUUUAUCUUAAGAUUUAAGUGUUUUAAAGCUCCUAUUAAAUACUUUAAUGGAUUGUUCUAAUCUUGUGUCUGAUAAUGUUGUAAGAGGGUAUAUUAGUAAAUCUGUUUCUAAGGGGAACAAACCCCUAACCAA